UCCGCUAUGAUAGUCCGUAGUCAAACAGAUUCCUGCUGAACAGAUAAACAUGCAGAUCAAUAAGAAACUCUGGGUGCUUUUCCGCAUCGCUUUGCCAAUGAUUGCCUUUGCAGUUAUAUGCUUAGGAGCUUUCCUUGCAUCCAUAACAAAUAUUGCCAACUAUAAAAUAAAACUCAUCUUCGCCUAUAUUUUAAUUGCAUGCGGGUUACUUGUCUUGCUGGCUGGGAUUUCCUGGAGCGUCUGUCAUGGAAUGAGACAGAAAAGCUUCCUACAGAAUUUGCUACUUCCCAGACGAUCUGAGGUGCACAUCAACACUGUGGACAGACCAGACUUCUAUCCCCCUUCAUAUGAAGAAUCUGUUGGACGCAACCCUGAGUAUCUUGUAGAAUGUGUGGUUAUUGACGAGGAACAGAGAUGCAACAUUCCUCCACCACUGUACACAGAGAAUAGUUCAGACAUCCAGGAAGACGUCAGUGAAGAGCAACCUCCAUCCUAUAAAGAGUCUAUGCUACGAUCCAAUACGCUGUGUGAUCAUUAUACCGAAGAGAGCGUAAAACCAAGGGAAACCCAAUCUGAAUGGGAUUAAAUGGUUCUGACAAAGAACUUUCAAAAUAAGUUAAUGGCAGACUAUUUUACAACUUGGGUGGUUAUUUUCCCAGCCAGUACACAUGCUGUCACAUUUAUGCUGUUGAUAUGCAUGUCAUAUCAGCAAUGAUAACACGCUGGUUGUGCUGAGAGAGAUGGUGCAAGCUGUUGCAUGAGGUGGACAUUCUGUGUGGGUUUACCUCGGUUCAAACCACAGUUUACAGUUUCUUCUGUUGCAUAAGGAAGGUGGUUUAUAUAACCUUAGAGGUGGCUAUACAGUCAGAUUGUAAAAUAUUAGCUGUUUAGUAAACUAUAAAAUGUUGCAAACAGCUGUGAUGUCAAAUCUAGUUGGAUAAUAUAUUGCAAAAUUUGUGUCAUGGCUUUACAGUCAACCUAAAUGACCAAUGCUGGUUUAACCCUUUGUGAGUGCCUUAUUCUGGUCAUCUCGUUUUAACAUUUGUCAAGACCAAAAUGUACAAAGAUUUGCAACCUAUGUCCUGCACUUUCAACUUCAGAAGUGUUGUUGGACUAUAUAGUUAUGGAAAUAGGCAGAUAACUGGAACCAUAACAUGUUUCAGUGUUGCUAAAUAAACAGAAACAGGACUGUACUUCUACUUGUGUGAUUUACAAUGCUUUGAUGUAUUUACAAUGCACCCAACAUUCAUAAUAUCAGGGUUGUUAAUAAAAGGGUCUUUGGGAGAAGAUAAGUCAAAUGGUCUUGUUUAAUGAACUGCACUGCUUGAGAGGAGAUAAUAGAAUAUUUGUUUAGACAAUCCAUGAAAUAAUUACAAUGACACUGUUGUGAUUAGAUCUGAGUAAAUUUCUGCAAAUGGAAGAUACUACUCUAUUACAGUAUAGAAUAAUAUAUUGGAGGAUUUCUUGUAAAUAGGAAAAACAAAUUUAUAGCAACAAUGGUAAUGAACAUGUGCAGAGAUGCACCCUCCUUUACUGUUAUCAAUGUACACUUUAUCAAAUAAUACAUUGUUUACAAUGUGUGAAUGCUGACUGUAAAUAAGAAUAUAACAAGGACAUGUUUGCACUGUGUACAAAGAAAAUGCAGGUAGUGUUACAUUGUAAAUAAAAUAAAGAUUUGCCUAAUAAAAAAUGUAUUAA